CCUUUCAUGAGCUACUUCAUGCUCCACCCUGUGUAAACGCUGAAGGCGGGCGGAGCUCCUUGGGAACUCGCAGCGGUGGGUUCAGGACAGUAGACUUCCUCCUUCAGUCGGCGAGGUGGAGGAGAUUGUUAAUUUCAGCACAGGUUCUGGGAUAAUAAAAACAGCCAUGGUGCCAGGCUUGUCCGGUGUAGUCGUGUUGGUCAUCUGUGCCUCCAUGUCCAUCUCUGUCUUUGCAUCGGAUUAUGACUGUAAAGCAUAUAGGGAUUUGUACAAUUACUACCAUAACCAGAAAGAGUGCAAGAGAGGAUUUUGCUGUGGUUCCUGUAAAAGCAGAGACUGCUGUUCCGAUUUUAAUCGAAGACUCAGUGAAAGCGCUCAAGAAAGAUGUGAUGAGACAUUCCAUGAGGAUUUUAGGGAUUCCUCACAUGUGUACAUGAUUACUGGUAUCGUGAGCUCCGUCCUUUUUCUUCUUCUCCUCGUCUGCUGCUGCAUCUGUCCCUGCUGCUGUAUUUACAAGAUGUGCCGCAGGCCGCAGCCUGUGGUAGCUACUACCACCCAUACCACAGUGGUGACCUCUGCUCCCCAGCAGUACCCCCAGCAGCCAAUGUCAGUGCCUGGACAGCACCAGCCCUACCAGGCGGCCCAGUAUCCACCCUACCAGCCCAUGCCAGUUCAGCCUGGCUAUGGAACACAGCCCAUGCCUACGUUGCCUUAUAAAGGACAGGUGUUCACCCCAGGACCACCACCACCAUAUCAGGAAGCCAUCGGUCCAGCCUACCCUCCCAACCAGCCCAUGCCUUACAGCCAGGCUGCGUACAGCCCUGGACAGCCAGCGUAUCCUCUACAUCCUCCCACCUACCCACAGCCAAACGCUCCAUCCUCUCAUGCGGACUUCCUGGCACAGCCUGCAUACAACCCAGAUUAUGUUGCACCACCCACAACCGGGUAAAAGUACUUCAUGCCAGAAAUAAACUACUACGUUCCUGACAUUGGCAGAACCUGAAGAGAAAGUGUUCCUUGCUUCAGUUUGAUGUUAAACAUGACAACGUAAUAUAAUGUUGAGCAUCUGUUGUGUUCAGUUGUCUCGAAAUACGUGUUGAUGCCCUUUGACUUGUUUUGCAUGGACAUUCAGCAUUCAUUUAUACAUAUAUGUAAAUAUUGUCUGAUUUCAUUUUGAUUGUGGCUCCUUACACAUCUUGGGGGAAUGAAACAUGAGGACCUGUCUGACUUGAGUCUUUAAAAUCUGCAGAAAUCUUUCAACUUUAUGAAGAUGCCUCAAAACUUCCUGUUCGCCUUUUUUUCGCCAGCUGGAUUCCUUCAUUCACCUUCAGACUUUGAACAAGGUGCUUUCAUGGCUAUUCUCAGCACCUCAAAUAUCUGCCAGGUUCUUGCACAAGUGCUUUAAACUUUUUCUUUCUUGUCAUACUCCUGUUUUUAUAAUGUUGAAAAAGGUGUUAGUGUUAGUUGUUAAUACACUGCUGAAAUACUUUUUUUUCUAAGCACUCUUUGUAAAAGGGAACACUUACCUUCUCAUCAGUUAGGAAAAUGUUAUUAAAAAAACAAUAGCUUAUAUGUGGUAGACUUAAUAGGGUUUGGUUUUUAUUACAGUUGCGCCAAUAAAUCAUCCAGUCAAUAAAUCAGCUCGGAUUUAUUUCACUUUGGGAGAUCUAUGAUCGGCCGAUGCUAGUAUGUUCAGUCCCUCUUGUCCACUGAUCUUGUCUGUCUAUGCCGUGAGAAUGACUUGAUUGCCAGACACACCUCUGUGGUCAUGUUGACAGUUUACAAUAGUUGCUCCACUAUUGCCAACUCGGUGACCUUGUUAUAUUUAGCAGGAUUUCAGACUUCAGAAACUGUCGAAAAAUCUAAAUCAGUAUGUUACGCUUUUUUGGCCAGAAAAUUGCAAUCGGUGCACCUCUAGUUUUUAUUCAUUGUUAAAUGUACAUCUGUACACUUUUGCAUCUGUAGCUUCAUUUAGUGUUACUUCAGGACUUUUCUCUUCAGUCUACCAAAUAUUCAGUCUAAACCAAAAAGGAGAAAUGUUACAUUUCUGAAAUGCAAGACACAAUUGUGCCUUCAUAGCAAGUUGUGGAACCCAGAUGAACAUGUCCUGGCUUUGAAAAGUUUAUUUUCUUUUGAACUGUUUAUUAUUUGAGUGCACCUUAUAGUAAUUUAUCCUUUUCAUUUCAAACAAUUUAACCUGUUUACAUAACAAAUUACUUAAUGUCUUUGUCAUUUAGACAUUCAGAUUAGAGAUGAAUACAUUUCAUUUGUUUUAACUCAAAUUAGACACUAAAAUGGUUUAUUUCAACAAAAUACCCUUGUACCUUAAUUGCACAACUUAAUUUAUGAAUAGUUGAUGCUUUUUUCUAGCUUUUGUGUAUUUCCUGUGAAAUUUUAUGUGUUUUUCUUUGUUCAGUUGUCACUAAAGAACCCAACUGUUUUUGCCAUUUACUCAAGUCAUUUGAAAAUGUGUUGGUUUUACUUUCAUUCUUUAAGAAAAACAAGUUAUUCUUGGUUUGCCUUUUGUUUUCAACUAGCUGGACAUUGUUUGGUUUUUCAGAUCUGUUUGAAACAUUGUCACUGGGAAAACGAAAACAACAGCUUAGGUUUUACUGUUUUUCAUCUUGUGAUCCAAAAUAUUUUUCUUGUCAUGUACCAUUUAUUUUUCAGACUUUCAUAAAAUGUAUUUUUUCUGCUUGCACCUGGUUAUUUAAAUUCACUUUCAGUGAAAGGGUUAAUGUAUAAGGCAUUUAAAUAUUUUGGUUGUGCCCUUUGGAAAAUAAAAUUAAGAGGAAGGAAAAGGAAAGAUGGGUGUUAUGAUCUUAUUAUUAAAAACUGCUAUCACAGCUACA